GUCUUUGGACGGAGUAGACCACAUGGGGCUCCUGCUAAAUAAAUAAAUAGGCGCAAUGCCUGCCUCUCCCAUUACCAUCUCUCUUCAUUCUCCCUCACUAGGGCUUCUAUCGGUCUAUUUUCCUCGACGAUGCCUUCCACGCCAUCUCUCUCCUCCAUGGGCAUGUUUGCCCUUAGUGCCAUGCAAUUGGCUGCGGGUGCAGUGUUCGAGUUCCCGUCCUGCCCGAAGGAUAUUCCCUUCAGCUGUCAGAACUCGACCGCAGUAGCGGACUCCUGCUGCUUCAAUUCCCCGGGAGGCGCCCUCCUGCAGACACAAUUCUGGGACACAGAUCCCCCAACUGGUCCUUCCGAUUCAUGGACCAUCCACGGACUCUGGCCUGAUAAUUGCGAUGGUAGCUAUGGGCAAUUCUGCGACAAGUCGCGCGAGUUCUCGAACAUCACCGCCAUUCUUCAGGAGCAGGGCCGGACCGAACUUCUGUCCUACAUGAAGAAAUACUGGCCCAGCUAUGAGGGCGAUGAUGAAGAAUUCUGGGAGCACGAGUGGAACAAGCACGGUACCUGCAUCAACACGAUUGAACCGAGCUGCUACAAGGAUUACACCCCGCAGAAGGAAGUGGGUGAUUAUUUGGAGAAGACUGUAGACCUUUUCAAGGGUCUGGAUAGCUACAAGGCUCUUGCCAAAGCCGGCAUCGUCCCCGAUUCCUCCAAGACCUACAAAAAGAGUGAGAUCGAAUCCGCUCUUGCUGCGAUUCAUGACGGCAAGAAGCCCUACAUCGGCUGCGAUGACGGUGCGCUGAACGAGAUUUGGUAUUUCUAUAACAUCAAGGGCAAUGCGAUUACCGGCGAGUACCAGGCAAUUGACACUCUUACGUCUUCUGGAUGUUCCUCCUCUGGUAUUAAGUACUUGCCCAAGAAGAGCGAGAACUCCACUGCGCCAGCCUGGAAGUUCCGUAGCGACAAGGCUAGCCAGUCUAUUCGCUUCAACUGAGAAUGUUCAGUAUAAGGGGCGGUUAAGAUGGAAGCUGUAUGUUCUACGAGUACUGUAUGUCUAUUGGUGCGUUAGGCUGUGCAAUGAUGUAUGUACAUAUUAUUAGGAGGUUUUGAAUGGAUCUAUGUGCACAUGUCACAAUGUCCUUGCAGUA